ACACGCAUGCGCUGAAAUCAGGAACCGGCUGGUAUGUUAAAGUUCGGUCACUUACCGAACAGGCAGUUAUUUAACGGGACGGCACCGGACAGCACGGAGAGGUGUAGUGAGUGAAUUUGUUACCGACAGUUAACGCGAGUUAGUGACGUUAAAUUCAACUACGACAGAACAGUUUGAGGUCACACGUCAACGUUCUGGAAAUAUAGGUUACGUGUGUUAACCGGUGUUAACGAGCGGAUUCAGACCUGUAACAGUCGGUGUACCGGUUAACGGUUCCUCCAAACUACCGGGGAUCUGAGGAAGGAGUUCAGGAUCUUCAGGUCGCGCAGCGUCAGAGUGAAGGUUGAGAGAAGCAGAUCUUUGAGUCCUGGUCCUGGUCCUGGUCCUGCAGAAGCAUGGAGCUGUCUCUGGCUCAUCCAGCCAUCAAAGCCUUCAUGUGUGGCUCGUUCAGUGGGACCUGUUCCACGCUGCUUUUCCAGCCUCUGGACCUCGUGAAGACCCGUCUGCAGACCCUGCACAGCAGCAUGAAGCCCGGGUCGGGCCGUGUUGGGAUGGUGACGGUGUUAAUGAGCGUGGUGAGAACAGAGCGUCUGGUGGGACUGUGGAAAGGAAUGUCCCCGUCUUUCGUGAGGACCAUCCCGGGUGUGGGACUCUACUUCAGCACCUACUACUCUCUGAAGCAGCACUACUUCCAGGACGGCUGCCCGGGCGCCCUGCAGGCCGUGCUGCUGGGGGGAGGGGCCCGCACGGUGGCGGGGAUCUUCAUGCUGCCGGUCACCGUCAUCAAGACUCGAUAUGAAUGCGGCAGGUACAGCUACGGCAGUGUGUCCGGGGCGCUGCGCAGUGUGUGUCGGACUGAAGGUCCCGCUGCUCUGUUCUCCGGUUUAACGGCCACGCUGCUCAGAGACGUUCCGUUCUCAGGGAUCUACGUGAUGUUCUACAGCCAGGCCAAGGCCUCCCUGCCCAUGGAGAUCAGAUCGUCUCCCUCCGCCCCCCUGGCUAACUUCGGCUGCGGCGUCCUGGCCGGCGUUCUGGCCUCUCUGACCACUCAGCCGGCUGACGUGGUUAAAACUCACGUCCAGGUGAAUCCACAGCUGAGGACGGUGGAGGCGGUCCGAUACAUCUACAUGGAGCACGGGCUGCAGGGCUUCCUCAGAGGGGCGGUUCCCAGGGCGCUGAGGAGGACUAUGAUGGCCGCCAUGGCGUGGACGGUGUACGAGCAGAUGAUGGCUCAGGUCGGGCUGAAGUCGUGAAGAGGAGGAGGAGAAGAAAGUAGAGUGAUGGAGAGAAGAAGAGGGAGGAGCUGCAGAGGAGACAAUGUUUGUCUGAGAGGAGAGUCAGAGAGAGACUGAAGCUUGAAGUUGAUGUCUAAAACGACUAACACGCACUGAAACAGGAAGUGACGAGAGGUCCUGACAGAACGAGAUCGCCUUGUGAAGAUCGUGGAAACAAGAGGAGGAGUCCUCUCAAUCCAACAAGACCCAGACAAGAGGUUUUUAUUCCUGACUAAACGACAGAGCAGAACUGUUUCCUGCAAGAAGGAGGAUUCAAAACGAGGCAGGAAAGAAGAGAAGAGGAAGAAGAGAAGAAGAGGUGAAGAGGAAGAAGAGAAGAAGAGGUGAAGAGGUCACGAAAGAAGAUGCAAGAAGAAGAUUCUUGAGAAAUCGAUGAGCAGCUUCAAAGUUUAUUGAAGACUUUAUGAAGCAGCGUUAACGACUGAGUGCAGAUGAAGCAUGGUCUGCAUCCCCCGGUAUCCCAGCAUGCUUUGUGCAGGGAUAUGCAGUUUGAAGUCGGCGUGCAGAGACGUCCCGUGUUGCACUAAAAGUUAGAAAUGUCGGCCCUCUUUCGGGAUCAGGUUUGUCUCUGAGAUCUGCAGCGCUGCAGUCUCCCAUGACCCGAGACCUUGUCCCACAUUCAGCUCAGACUUUUGAAUUGCACUUUAACCCCCGCAGGUCUGUCCUGGUACAGAUCCACGCCUUCUAAUAACACUGAUAUUUAUGUGCUUGUUGUAAUGUGUCUGUUCCUUUGCCUUCAUGAUUUUUGUAGUAUUUGUUGUGCAGAAUGUGUCUUUGAUUGUGAAAGAGCUCUACCUUUUUAAGAAAAUAAAACACUGCCACAUGAAUCCA